AUGGAAGGUGCAGAAAUGAAGAUGCUAAGAUGGGUAUGUGGGCAUACUAGGAGGGAUAGGAUUAAGAAUAAUGAGAUUCAGGAUAAGGUACGGAAACUUCAGAGGGUGUGUUUGAGAAAUCCUGUUAAGAUUGAAGCUGCAUCUAAAUAUUCCACAGUUGAUACACUGAAGCAGCAGUAUCGUUUUCUUCCUGCUAAGUAUAAGUCAGAGAUCGAAAUUUUCUGGCUAAGCCACGAAGAUGUCCAGACAAUGUACUGCUAUCUUAUCUAUAUUCUAACGGAGAUUUCUGGUAGUACAUCAAUGGUUUUCACCCGUACAUGUGAUGCAACUCGUCUUCUGGCUUUGAUGCUUCAAAAUCUUGGCUUGAGAGCCAUACCAAUUAGUGGUCAGAUGACUCAGGCCGGAGAGUGCAAUAUCCUUAUCUACACAGAUGUAGCCAGUCGAGGACUUGAUAUCCCGUCUGUUGAUAUGGUUAUCAACUAUGAUAUUCCAACAAACUCAAAGGUGGAUCUUUCUAUUCUUUCUGCUGGGAAGAAAUUACCCGAGUAUCCUGGAGGAAGAGGAGGUUUUGCUACUCUUGGAGCAUGUAACAGAAGCCCAGAGGAUCUCGCUAAUGUUGUUACUUGGAACAUGCGACUUUUAUAUGCAUUUCUCAUUUGGAGACGGCGUGGAAUGUUGUUAAAGAAAAUCAAAGAAACUGGCGAUAAAAGGAAACACAGAGGUGGUGGAGAUGAUGGGGAUGAUGAGGUUGAUAGAUACUUGGGAGGUAAGAACAAGAAGCUAUCGAAGAAGCCAAAGAGAAAAUGA